AUGCCCGGUGACAUCGGUAUGCUGCAUCCCGAUGGUUGCUUGUCCAUCAUCGACCGUAAGAAGGACUUGGUGAAAUUGCAGGCUGGCGAAUAUGUCAGUCUGAGCAAGGUAGAAGUGGCUCUGCGUACCUCCGUGUACGUGGAAAACGUCUGCGUGUACGCCGAUCCCACUCAAUCGUAUGCAAUUUGCUUUGUCUCCCCGAAGCGACGCCAAUUACGCACUCUGGCCAAUGAACUUGGCCUCGAGGGCGUGAUAACAGCGGCUGCCAAGGCUUGGUGCGCCGAACAUGAGGCCAAGGAGCCGGGCAGCUCAAAUCGUCCUGACCUCCAGGACUCCAGGGAAGCUGUAGAACAUCUGGCAUUGUGCAGAUCAGAGCAGGUGAGUUUUCUUUUAACAAGAUGUCUGAACGCUCUGGCUUCAAUACUAAUCUUAACGGCCGUUAAAUAG